AUGGUCGCUGAUACCACAUACUAUGACGCUCUAGGCGUGCCGCCUACCGCGACUGAGCUGGAGAUCAAGAAGGCUUACCGCAAACUUGCGAUCGUCACUCACCCUGACAAGAACCCCGGCGACGAGACCGCGCACGAGCGGUUCCAGGCGAUCGGUGAAGCAUACCAGGUUCUGAGCAAUGAAGAGCUCCGCAAACGAUACGACAAAUUUGGAAAGGAGGAUGCUGUCCCCGGAGGUGGUUUUGAGGACCCCUCGGAAUUUUUCAGCAUGAUCUUCGGUGGUGAGGCCUUCGUUGACCUCAUCGGAGAGAUUUCCCUCAUGAAAGACCUGACCGCGACAAUGGACAUCACGAUGCAACAGAUGGAAGAGGAAGAACUGGCCGAGUCCGCAGAGCAAAAGCUCAACAUUCACGAUGAGGAAGUCAAGGCUGCUGAAGCCAGCGGCAGUUCUCCUGCUGCUGAAGCCAAGGCGGCGGAAGCGGCCGCCGAGGCGUCUGGCUCUUCGGAGGCAGCGCCGCCCCUGCUUACACCGAGGCGCCUGGCCACAGUUCUGGGUCCAUCUGAGGAAGAGGCGCGGAUGGAGGCAGCUGGUCUGUCGCAAGAAGAGAAGGAGUUGCGCAAGAAGGAGAAGAAGAAGGGUCUGUCCAAGGAGCAACAAGAGCGCCUUGCCGCGUUCGAAGAGGAGCGAAGGAAGGCCCGCGAGGAGCGUGUCAACACUUUGGCUAACAAGCUUGUCGACCGUCUCAGCGUAUGGACCGAGACUGACAAGGGUCCCGAUGUUACUCGUGCCUUCCAGGAGAAGAUCCGCCUGGAGGUUGAGAACCUGAAGAUGGAGUCAUUCGGUCUGGAGAUCCUGCACGCCGUUGGUGCUACCUACGUUCAGAAGGGAACUUCCUUCCUCAAGUCCCAGAAGUUCCUCGGCAUUUCUGGCUUCUUCUCCCGACUCAAGGACAAGGGCACCCUCGCCAAGGAGACUUGGACGACCAUCUCCACGGCCAUCGAUGCCCAAAUGACCAUGGAGGAAAUGGCCAAGCUGGAGGAGCGUGGUGGUGAGGACUGGACCGACGAGAAGAAGGCCGAAUAUGAAAAGAAGGUCACCGGCAAGAUCCUGGCGGCAGCCUGGCGCGGCAGCAAGUUUGAGAUCCAGAGUGUUUUGCGCGAGGUUUGCGACCAGAUCCUAGGUGACAAGCGCAUCCGUCUGGAGAAACGGGUGGAGCGUGCCCACGCUCUGGUGUUGGCUGGUAACAUAUACGCCAAGGCUGAACGUGAUCCCGAGGAGGAGGGCGACUACAUGGCCUUCGAGCAGUUGAUGGCCGAGGCGAUGCAGAAGAAGGGCAAGGACGAGAAGAAGAAGAAGGAGAAGAAGUCCAAGCAUGGCCACGAGGCAUCCGAGCAUGAGCACGCUGAGGAAAAGCCAACUGCCUAG